AUGCCAUGGCUACGGCGCGAAACCGCACUGGAUGGACAACGGGGUGCUGCAAAAGGAACAAGCGCUGCGGUUCAAGCAGCUUGUCGGUCGCACCAAGGCCAUAAAGGGCCAGAAAAGGGCACAGCCGAACGAGUCGUCGCCCGAGUCCACCGGGCAGAUGGUGUUGUUCCCCUCGGAGCUGUGCUAUCUCGUCCCUCUGAGGCCCUCCCCGCGCCGCUCCACGUGACCGCCAACGCAACGAGCCUCUUCGGCAACGUCGACUCCAUCUCGUCCGCAUCGUUGGCCAACGCGCAUCUUGCAGAUACAGAGGUCUCCUGGGGCGACCUCCUCUCCGAUGGCGAUGGAUUUCUCCAGAAGAAUAACGCGCCGUUGACCCUGUCCGCCAGCGAAGAAGAGGCCGAGGACGUCGUCUUCAUGCAUUUUUUCGACCACGUCUUCUACCUGCAGUAUCCCUACUACCAGACUCGCGAUGGCCGCGAACGGGGCUGGCUAUUUUCCAUCCUGAAACGCGUCAAGCCCGCAUACUACGCCACUCUGGCCCAGAGCGAACGCCAUUUCCUGGCCACCGUGCCUCACAACCAGCACAUCGCCGCCGUCUUGACGCUGCGCCGCGCCGGGACUACAUACUACGACCUGGCCAUGCAUGGCAUGCAGUCCAUCAUGGCCGCCGCUCUCGAUCGGGCAAGUCUCGUGCAGAGCCUCGAAGCGCUGACAGCACUCUUGCAGUUGCUUUUUUUUAGAGCAUUGGUGCCGACGGUGGCCAACGCGCGGUCACGAUCAGGCACAUCGACGCCCGAGCGGAUGGAUCGUAGCUAUGCGGGGGACCCAUGCAUUUCGCCGGAUCUGGGCCGAGCCUGCUGUGUGGUGUUGGGAUCGUUCAUCUCCUUCGACAUUAUCGCCGCCGCGUCGACGCGGGGGGAGAAGUUCCUGGCCGUCGACCAUAUUCGAGAACUGGCGACUCUGGGAAGCUCCGUGCAGAGCCUGAUGGGCUGCCGCAACUCCGUCAUGGCGCGCCGAGGGGUGAGAAUAGAAGAGCGGCUGCGACAGGAGAUGGAGAAUACGAGCGGCCCGCCGUUGCCGGUGCCUUGGGAACCUCUCGAUUUGCCAUUGCCACAUAAGCAUCCGGUAGUAAGCAGGCUUUAUGCCCUGGCGGCCAUCAUAUACCUGCAUGUUGUUCUAUUAGGGGCGCAUCCGUACCUGCCGGAGAUCAGGCAGGCCGUCCUUGCGGUCCUGGAGACGUUGACAAACCUGCAGGACGCUCAGUUGCUGCAGAGCCUUUCGUGGUCUUUUUGCGUGGCGGGGUGCCUGGCGACAGAAGACCAAUACGCCACAUUCAGACAGCAAUUCUCAGCGACGGAGGCCUGGGAGGUGACCAACGGGACCUGUUCGGAGGCGUAUAGAAUUAUGAAAGCAUGCUGGGCCAAGAGGAAGACGUCGGGUGAGGAAUGUGAUUGGGCUUCUAUCAUGGAUCAAGACGCGUGCCAAGUUCUACUUCGAUGA